AUGGACGAGAGCAAGAAACGCCAGCCGCCGAUAGACAGGCUCAGCGCCUUGCCGGACGGCAUCAUCUGCAACAUCCUCUCAUUACUCCCAACGAUCACCUCCGUCUCGACCAGCGUCCUCGCGAGACGAUGGAGGAAUCUGUGGGCCCACGUCCCCGUCUUAUACUUCGCCGAAAUCGACUUCCGCCGCGCGUCGAGCAGAUCGGAGGUAGUUAACGAUGCGGUAAACGAUGUAUUAUUCGCUCACAAAAGCCCCACCAUAGACACAUUUCGCAUUUACCUCUCAGAUAUGUGCGAUUACGAUGAUUUCGAGGAUUGGAUGGUCACCGUCGUCGCCCGCAAGGUCCGCAAUCUCGAUGUUUUCCUAGAGACGAGUUUGCCCCAAUUCAUCUUCUCCUGCGAAACCCUAGUCGAUUUGGGCCUCGGCUCUUGCGACAUCCCGGACUCCGGCGACGUGUCCCUGCCUGCCCUUAGGAAGCUUAAACUCGAAUUGGUCUGCUACGAAUCGUACAAUUCCCUCCCGAACCUGCUUUCCGGGUGUCCGGUUCUUGAGGAGUUGGAUAUCGAUAUGGGGUAUUCAGAAAAUCAUUCUACUGAUUGUGGUGUAGCUUCACACACUCUUAAGCGUCUCUCAAUCAGUUGUGGCGGUACCGAAGACCAUGAUGUCAGUGAGGAUUACAUUUUUGAGGCUCACCCAUGCGAGUCAAUGCUGGACACGCCUGCCCUUAGGUUUCUCCAUUUGUAUCAUGUUUCGCCUCCGGAGGUCACGGCCCGUGCACUGGUUUCAUUGACCGAAGCAAAAGUUGAUUUUGAUUUGGGGCUACAAAGGGGACCUUCUUCAAGGUCUGUGUUGGAGUUUCUGGGUAAGCUUUCCGGCGUCAGGAGUCUGACAUUGACAACUGGUUUUAUGAAUAUUACCAUCUCUGAAUUCUCUAUUUUGAAUGUUAAAUUUCCUAAUUUGACCAAGCUUGUGCUGGAGGAGGCUCAUGGGGGCUUUGUGUCGGUUUUUCUUGAAAAUGCUGAUAAUCUUGAAGUCCUGGCCGUCAGAUUGCUUUAUCAGUUCCAAGAGGAUCUGAAUUACUGGGUGGAACCGAAACAAGUGCCAAUAUGCCUAAUAUCACAUCUCAAAUAUGUUGGAAUCUAUGGAUUUGAAGGUGUGGAACCAGAGCUUAACAUGACAAAAUAUUUGUUGAGGAACUCGAAAGUCUUGAAGAGUUUGGAUAUACAGCCCCGAAGUGAUCAGCCUCGUUUGAAGGGGAAGUUUGAAGAGCUCAACAAGGUACUGCUUGAGCGAGGCGCUGAUGCGAGUAAGAUUAACCUCCAUUGA